UGGAAGACCACCCACGCCGUCAACCUGCUGCCACCAACAAACCCGCGCCAACCCAGAGGGUGGCAUCACAGAUUCCCUCUCUUACUGUGUAGGAGCCCCCUGCAUCUCGAGCCUUUUUCACACAACUUCUGUCACGGCCUUACUUACCAUCUGCCGCCCUGCCGUUGUACUGUGACCUACCUACUGCUGUGACACUCUGCAUUUUCCUUCCUGCGCCAACUGACAGCGCCGACUUGGGCGCCAAACGACCCCCCUUGGAUCCCUCGAACGACUAAUUCUCCCCUGUGCUCUCGUUCGCCGAUCCGAUCUUGUGACACCAGACCCUCCCCGAUGGCGAGCCAUUACGCCGGCCCUUAAUACUCUGGCCGGACGAACGGCUGUCGUGAUCGCAUUCGAUUCGGCCCCCGAUCUGUCGUCGACAAUGCCCGCCGCCGACGCUGUUGCCGACGCCGGCGAGGGCAGGCGUCCCUCCAUCGAGAAGAAGCGCAUCGUUGUUUCCGACACUGCCAGCGGUCUCGACGACAAGAAGCCACCGGCCUUCCAGCGCCUCCCCGACGAGAUCAUCCAACAAAUACUGCAAGCGACAGACGCCAAUGGCUUCGCAUCCCUAGCUCUGCUCAACACCAAAUGGAGGAGCGUCGCCCAGCAAGCACAUCUCUACGCUCACCACCUCGCGAGCUGUCCGUCGUAUGCCAUGAGCCAUAAUACGCCUCUGCAGGCCGAUAGCGACGAUGAUCUGCCCAGGCUCCGCCGCCUGUUCGCGAAGGAGGUCAAGCGCAACCUGUUCGAGGCAUAUCUGCGCCCACAUCGGACCGUCAUCAAGGUCAUCUCGAAUUCAAUCAGCUCCUCGUCGUGUCCGGGCGGCGAAGGCAUUCAGUUUAGCCCCUCGCCAAAGGGUCAUCAUAUGUUGGCCUACAACUCGUCUAGGAUACAUGUCAUCGACCUUCGGGAUCCCGAGAUCGCGGUCAAGAGAGAGUUCAAGAUACUAAGGCGUCCUGCUGCAACAUGCAUCAAUGACGAAGGCUCCAUGCUUGCUGUUUUGCUGACCGAGAUGGAGGUGGAUGUCUACGACCUUACCCAGACGCCGCCGAAACGAACCCAGUCCCUGAUUCUGGACCACAGCCCGCGUGCUAUUGCCCUCUCACCCUGUGGUUCCGUCCUGGCCGCCGCCUACGAAGGCGGCAUCGAGGUCACUUCGCUGAAGCCAGGCGCGGUUGCUGCCGAAAGAAGAGCAGUCAAGUGCGAUGGCGUGGAUGCCCUGACUUUCUCCUUUGAUGGGACGCAGAUUCUUGGGACGACGGUGCAGUCAUCGCAACCGAAUACCGUCAUAUUAACUGCCCCUUACUACGACCCUGGAAGUCACAUGGCUGAUGAUAACAUCAGCGCCCUUUGGACAACAUCCAUUCUCUUUCCGAACACCAGCCGCGACUGCAGCCAUGCUGUCCUGAUACAGAAUGGCAAAUACGAUGAAGCGGCCUGGGCAUUUACCUACGAUAGGAGCUUCGAGACGUUCCGCGCAGUGCGCAUCGACGAUUUGCGGAAUGGCACGACUUACUUCACUGGGCCGGUGCCCAGCCCGAACUCGCAAGCCAGACUCCUGCCCUGCACGCUUCCCGCCGCCUCCUUUCACGGCCUGCUUGUCUCGGCAGGCUUCCAGGGAAACGAGAUCUGGCUCUAUGGCAUACCCGAGGAUCUCGAUGCAUUGCCGGAAAGCACAAGCGCAGGCAUCGAUAACGGAUCAAACGCCAACGGACUUUCGCGCCGAAAUAGUGGUCCUUCCGUCCGUUCGAGUGCCAGGAUUCAGGAGAAUAGCGAUUCCGUGAGGGUCCCUCAGUGGCAAAUCCUCUGCGACAAGCUCCGGAACACCUUUGUUUCUGGCAUCAAGAUCGGCGAACUGGAAGGCGUCAACAUGGUCAAAUUUGUGGCAGAUUUUGCAAACUCGUGCAUGAAGGAGCGAUUGGUCGUCGCUGCCCGGGGCGUAACACCAAAUGUCUCUGUGGUCGACGAGGAGGGAAUCGAUUUUGUUGACGGCGGCCGUAUCACCAUCAUGGAUUUCGAUUACAGCCUCAGGGACGGCACCGUUCGGGAGUGCACGAUCGAAGUGGGGAAUAAGGAGGAACCGGAGAUGCUCGAAGAAGAGCACCGUGACAUGGCCACAGAGGUUGCCAUCGUUCGUCGACGGACUGUUGCGCAAAAGAUGGGGGGCCGCAGCGCUGCUGUCAUGCGCAGUAUGACAAGUGCGAGCCGGCCCCCCGUGCUACCGACUCAGCCUCCCACUCAGGCCGAAGGCGACGAGGACGACCCUCUUGUGCCUCGCCGAAUAGGUGCUCCCCCUCCCUCCAGGAGUGUCCAGCAAACGGCAGCAAGCGAGGACAUCGAGACUCAAUCCAUCGAAGAGCAAGAAGCCCUGGAUGCACCGUACGCUCACGCAAGCCCACGCUCCGGAACGACGCUCCGUCGCGCGGCUACCGCGGCUGCCAACACUCGCCGCCUACAUCCUUCGGCAGCCGCCGCUGGACACAUCGUGUACCGAAGAGCGGACGGCCGUGCCGAGCAUCCCCACGAGAGCGACGCCGACAAUUGGGUUCCCCCACCGCCUCCAUAUCAGAAAGAAGAUCCUGGUGAUUUGCCUUCGUUCCUGCGCCAUACCGCUAUCCUUCCUCUUGCCGGUUCAACCACUCAGCCGGCUGAAGGGCAAUCGGAGCAAUCUAUGGACAGAAAAGCCUUACGGAACUCGUCGGCAUCCUUGCACCAGCAGAAUCCUCGUUUUCACCCCGUACCGUCGGCCAACCGAUACUCUUCGCCCGUUCCGCCCGUCCCACCGCUUCCAACGCUCUUGGGCAUUCCGCCAGUCCCGCCCGUCCCGGCUCUCCCUCCGGGUGUAGCGGUGCCUCCUGUCCCGCCCCUGCCCCAUACUCACUCUCAUGGGCGCGGCGGGAGCUCAGAGGCUCCGUCAUCUGGUGAGGAUAUUGCGCGACCAACUUCAAGGAACUCGCGCUAUCUCGAUGGGGAAAAUAUAUACGACGUUUCACCGCCCGAUUCGCCCUCCAUGCCACCACUGGGGCGACAGGUCUCGCAUGAGCCCAGCGACAUGCCGGCAGUGAGCAAACCCGAGCCAAACGCUCAAGGGAACGUGGUGCCGCCUGAGACACUUGGGCCAACUGCAGACGGCGUUCCAUCUGCGCCACAAUCCCGGACUGCUUUUGUAUCUGUAGACGGCCGCAAGUCGACGACCGUUGAUUCGCAAGUCCAGGCCCAGGUAACCAGCGGCCUCAAACCGCCCACAAACGAUGCAUCCGCUACCGGGGAGCCCUCUGUAAGGCGUCUGUCUGUGUCCCGAACGUGGCCGAUACAGCCUCUGCCCAUCAAUACCAAUAAUACUGCAGCUGGAUACCCGUAUUCGGCACCUCCAGUUAAUGGCAGCGAAGCCCUCGCCCAGUCCUUCCCUUCCUUCACAAGAGGCGAGCAGAUGCCGAGUUUCAACAAUCGGAACUCCGCAUCACGACCCCUGUCAGGAAGCUUCCAGCUCCCACGACUACCAGCCGAUAUCCCCUUCGACAACGAGGCCACCUGGCGCCGGACAUCAUACCAGCGCCCAGUCUCGCAACAACAGCAUUACUCUUUCCCGCGGCAGCGACCGCGGUCCCCUCUCGCCCAGUUCCACGCCCGCUCCACCAUCCACGAACCGCAGCCCCGCCGACCGCACGACAUGACCCCCGCCCUGCCGGCCGAAGACAUGCCGCUCAUCAUCAGCACACCCAAGGGUGUGUCGGGCGCCUUCGACCCGCCGGACCGACACCCGUCAGAACGCCGCGCCGAAACACCCAUCCUCGCUCCCGUUCCGCGCCACCCGCGCCAGCAAAAUCAGGCCGCCAUCCUCCGCCCCGCCCAGGACCAACAACAAGAACAACAACAACAGCGCUUCGGCCCACUCUAUCCCGCCACCGUGCCCGCGCAAGUCCACAACAACAGCGGUGGCUUGUUACCCGUCCCACCGCCACACCCACCAGCACCAGGCUCGAGAUUGAAUCCAAGCCCGUCGUCGACGAAUCUCUCGCGGCGCGUGCCGAACUUGCUGAGCAGGAAACAGAGCCGCGCCGAGCGGUCGGCGGCGAAGAAUGUUGCGGAUGCCAAGCGCAGGGGGUGGACGGGGCGGUCGACUUCGACGAGGGGGUCCAAGCGGGGGCGCGGCGGGAAGAAGAAGAAGAAGAACAAGGAGAGGGAGUUUGACGUCGCGAGCAGUGCUGCGUGGACCGAUGUCACGGUUACGGCUUAUAGUGUGCGGUCGGCUUUUGGUGGUGGUGGCGGAGGGGGAGGACGCCCGGGCGGUGGGGUUGGGAUGGGGACUGGGAUGGGAGAGAGGGAGGAGAAGAAGAGGUGUGUUGUUAUGUAAGGGAGACUGGGAUUUGCGAGAGGAAGAGGGGGAUAAUGUUGGAUGGGCGAUGAGCGGUUGGAUCUCAUAGGUUUCUUCUCCCCUUUGUCGGUUGUGGUCGGGGCAUACCUGCAAAGGAUGGUUUCUAUAUGCUUGGGUGUUUGAUCUGACGCAAUAUCUAUGGGAACAAUUAGCGUGCCAGAAGCGUAUAUGUCUUGGUUACCGUGAGGGCUCACAUGUUUUCAAUAUUGGGUUUCUCAUUGGAAGGUAGACUUGGGUAGCUGUCGCUCUAUGAACAGAUGAAUCAACAAAGCA